AUGAAGAAGCUCAUCCGCCGCCUCUCUCGUGUCGCCGACUCAUCUCACUACUCUCUCUUGAGAUCCGACUCUCAGCUCUCCCGCCGGUCACACAGCUCCCUAAAGACACGACGGCACGGCGGAGUACCCGAGGGACACCUUCCCGUUUACGUCGGAGACGACAUGGAGCGAUUCGUCGUCAGCGCACACUUACUCAGCCACCCAGUUUUCAUCAACCUCCUUAAUAAAUCCGCUCAAGAGUAUGGUUACCAACAGCAGGGCGUCCUCCGCAUCCCCUGUCAUGCCCUCCUCUUCGAACACCUCCUGGAAGCCUUGCGACUUGGACAAGAAGCCUCCUACGACCAGCUUCAGCUCCUCCUCUCCGACGAAUUCCUCUGCUAG